UUUGCUACUCCCAAUAUCUCCCUCCCAGAAUUCCACGCUUCUCCUCUCCUCCUCACCUUUUCUUUUGCUUUUGUCCAUUACUUAUUACAUAUCUCCUUUCACAUUCUUCUCAAAAUUUUCAAAAAAUCUCAAAAAAAUUUUGCAAAAACUUCACAAAUGUAUGAUAGUUCAAUCCUUACAUAUUUUUACUGUAUUUUGCAUGCAAUUGAAGACAAUGGUAUCACCUUGAUGUAAUAAUAAUAAUAAUAAUAAUAAAGAGUAUUUCUCCUUCUUUCUCUCUCAAAUAGGCUAGUCAACCUCCAUGUCUUGCUCUCACUUUUUGAUGUUCUAUAACAAACCAACAUUUUCUUUCUCUAUCUAUCUCAUUGGAGAUGUUGAUGCUAUACAGAGAGUAGUGAGAGAUCAAUCCCCAUAUCUUUUAUAACUCCACAAAGCUCAAAUACUACAACACCAUACUUCAGCUCAGCCAUUCCAAAACUAGAACUCUCUUUAUUAGAAUCUAUAUAUACUAUUUAUAAACAACAACCACCACCUUUUUCACAAAGCUAGGCACUUGCUUCUUCUUCUUUAACCACCUUCUUGCAUGCCAUUCCUCUGAGGAAGUAAGAGAGAAAGCAAUUUAUUACUAGUCUUCUUGUUCUAUUUGUCCAUUUCUGUAGCUACAAACUCCAUCCCAUAUCCAUUUUCAUUGAGAGAGAUCUUUAGUGUGUGAUUAAGAUUUUUUGCUGCAUCAAAAUGUGGAUGAUGGGUUAUAACGAUGGUGGAGAGCUCAACAUGGCAGAUUCUUUCAAUGGAAGAAAGCUAAGGCCACUUGUUCCGAGGACUCCACCAGUGCCUUCUCCAAACACUACUUCAAGUUCUAGCCCUCCUAGACUUAGCCGUAUCCAUGGCAACGAUUUCUUUUCACUAAAUCAUCAUCUGGCUACCAUGGCUGACCAAAGCAAAAGAGAGUUCCAUACACAACCAGUAGUGAGCUCAAGAUGGAAUCCAACUCCAGAACAGUUAAGGACCCUAGAAGAACUAUAUCGAAGGGGAACAAGAACUCCAUCAGCAGAGCAAAUUCAAAACAUCACUGCACAGCUUCGAAGAUAUGGAAAGAUUGAAGGGAAGAAUGUGUUCUACUGGUUUCAAAAUCACAAGGCAAGAGAACGGCAAAAACGACGACGUCAAAUGGAAUCUGAAGCUCCUGAGCAUCAACAUCAGCAGCAGAAUCGUGAUAUAGAAAUCUUUGAAAGAAAAGAAUCAGGGGCAAAUAGGACAGCCUAUGAAGUUGAACAGACCAAGAACUGGGCUCCCUCUUCAAACUGCAGUACACUACUAGAGGAAGACAUGACAAUACAAAGGGAAGCAAAAGGAGUAGUGGCAGAAUGUAGAGGAGAAGGAUGGACACAAUACGAGAAUGAAGUAGAAUUACAGCAUAGAAGGAAUUACAUUAUGGAAAGGAAUGCCACGUGGCAGAUGAUGCAGUUGUCUUGUCCAUCUACCACCCACCUCAUAAACACUAGCUCUGGUACUUGUACAAUUACUACAACAACUGCUACAAUCUUAGCAGAAGAAGCAGAAGCAACAACAUCUACAGUAGCAGCAGAAACAAUAAGAACAAUGGACCCAAAUAGGCAACUCAUUAAGACCCAUACUGGUCUUAAUAUCUUCAUAGCUCCCUACAUAGAAAAUAAUAUUGGGCAGCAUGGCCUUAUUCAUCACUUCAGCAAUGAAGAAGAUCAUAAUGGAUGUGGGGAUUCUCAUCAAACACUUCAACUCUUUCCUCUUCGCAAUGGCGGUGGCGGUGAAUGCAUUCAUGAUAAAGAGACUGAAACUUCAUCAGCAGUUGCUGCAGCCAUGAAUGCCAACUUCGCUACACCUUGCCAGUUUUUUGAAUUCCUUCCAUUGAAGAACUAAUCACUUGGCUCCACUUUAUGAGAUUUUUCUACUGGGUUAUGUUAUGGGAUUUUUGUAUUUUUGUUGGGAUUUGAGAUUUUCUUUUUGGCUUGAAGCUGAUGUUUACAUUUCAGGGAAAUUGGUAGAAUGGUCUGCGUGGGGAUAUGAAUGAAGGGUUUGCCCUAAAAUGUAUUUGGACCAUGUUGGUUGAAUCAAUGAAUUGAAGAAACUGCAUUUAAGAAGGAUUU